AUAGGUUCAGGUUUGUAGCAUGCAUUCCCACUCUUAAGAAUCAGAGAGUGAAACAAGUGGUAUAGACUAUGUUACCUGUCCUACUUUGACCUGGAUCAAAAUAAUGCCUGCACUGAUGUGUGUGAAGCAGUCAACAAGUGAACUCUAAAAAAUAAGAAACAGGCUGUAACAAAAUCUAUUCCUAAUAAUUCAACUUCUUUCUUUUGUAGCAAAAAGUUGAUUUAAAAAGCUGGUAAACACUUUUAUUAAUCAAAAGGUAUUUAAGAUUUUAUAGUUGAGAUUUUGUGAAUGUGUAGACCGACGAGUUGAAAAACCACAAUGCAUGCCGACAAGACAAUGCGUGGGCUUCCUGCUGUAGCCUUUCUGCUGUCAUCUGAGCUCGUGUGGUUAGACCAAAGUAAAGAGGUGCAAUACAGGAUGUUAGAGAUGAGGGUCUCAUGAAACAAAAAACAAAACAAAUAAAAUGCAGCAAACAUAAUCCUUUAUGUACUCCCGUCCUUAGAUCCUAAAUAUCAAAAUUGCUGGUGUUAUGAUUAGAACAUGCAUUUUUGACCAUAAAUAUAGACACAGAUUAAUGUGUGAUGUGGGGAUAUUUUUUUUUAUUUGUUCAUUUACUUAUUUACAGACUUAAAUAACUUUACAAUCUGGUUUGUAAAAAUCAGUAUAUUUUGGUGAAUAUCCAUAUCCUUGUUUUUUCAGAGGAUGAAACUCUUAAUAGGACACAUGCAUAAUAAAAUGAUUUGUUUUAAUAUAAUUUAAUAAUUUUUUUUUCUAUUUAAAGACAUCAUUUAUAUUUAUAGAAUGGAAUUUUAACAUGACAUUGCACAUAUGAGAGUAUUUGAAGUGCAGGGUGGGGAAAGUGCAGGGUGAAGCAUUUGAAGUGCAGGAUGGUUUCAGACUCAGUUGCAAGCAAAGGUGUGGGCGUUCAGCAUUGGCUGUUCUUCUCUCACCAUGCUGCUCUUUUCAUCUCAAACCCGUGUGGUUAGAUCAAAACAAGUAACAGCAUCCAGAAUGGCAGCAGACUGUCAGGCACAGUAGAGUCAACCGACAAAAAGAACACCUGCUCAGUCGGCAUUGACCUUUAUGGGAUAAAAAUCUGUAGAUUUGUGCAACACGGAGAAAGCCACACCAAUAUGCAAUAGUGACUUUAUGGAUGAUAUCUAAAAUAUAUGACAUCCAAACCCUAUCACUUAUGAGCUCUUGUUACUAAUACCACACCAGCACAAUUUCCUUUUUGGCCUCUGAGUUCAUAAAGCUCACGUCUUGGCACUCAGAACAUCAGUAAUGAAAAGUGACAGGCUUUUGCAGACUGACAUACUGACUGGAAGUUUAUUUCUGAGUUAGUGAAGUAGUCAUUUUAGGACAGUGCUUCUCAAACCUGUCCUGAGGACCACACCACCACUGCAAAUUUGGUGUCUCCCCCAUCUAACAUACCUGAUUCAAUUCAUCAGCUCAUUAGUUCAAACUGCAAGAUUUUAAUUGGGUGCGUGUCUGAUGAGGGAGACAUCCAAAAUGUGCAAUGGUGGGGUUCCCCAGAACAGGUUUGAGAAGCGCUGUUCUAGGAGGCCUGAGGAAGGUGAUGUGGUUCCAUUGCCCCAUUUCCUGAAACACCAAAGUAAAUGCCAUUUUCAGUCACACUGGGUGGCGUUUGAUUUUAGGAGUGUUGAUACAUCUAACAUUCUUUCAGACCUUUGGAACUGCAGACAUGAGCACCUUGACGCAUUGUUGGAGGCUGUUAUAUUUUUGCAUUUUUGCUUCACACACUACUUACUCAUUCCUCAUGAGUCAGUCUCCAAGCUUCACACACGUCUCAGUCGGUGACACUGUAAAAUUAACAUGUACAUUUGAGCAGAAAGUUUCUUACUGCUAUACUGCUGCAACAUGGCAAAAGUUGAACCUGCGGACUGGUAAACUCACACCAGUGAGGUCUGUCUCACAGUCUGAUUCACUUCAACAUGAUGAUAAAACUUGCAUUGUUAGUUUUACAAAUGUAACACCGAACGAUUCAGGUUUGUACUAUUGCAUUAGCCAUCACAACUCAAUGGUUAUUGUCGGCAGUGGAAGCAGGGUGAUCGUAACAGACCCCUCUUUUGUGGAAGCAAAACUAUCCAUCUUAUACUCACCACAAGAACCUGACUCAUCAUCAGUACUGCUGCAGUGUCUUGUGACCGGAGUCGUCCCGUCUCAAGUGCGGGUGUUCUGGAUGAUUGGAGAGAAAGUCCAUGUUGGAUGGACUGAAUCAGCCUGGACAGAUGCCACUGAUUCAGCCACAGAAUUCACACGUGCUCAUCUCUCUAUUACUACAAAGGAGUGGACAGAAGACGAUGAAAUCCAAUGCUUUGCUGAAUAUAAUGGCAAGAACAUCUCCAAAACUGUGAAGCGAUAUGAAACCAAACCAAUCUACUCCUGGCUUCUGUACACUGGCUGUGUGGCAGCGCUCCUUACCAUACUUGUAACCAUCAUUAUGUCUGUGGGAUUAUACCAUGAUAUGUCAAUGAACAAAAAAUCCAGAGGGCUCACAAGAAAAGAUGCUCACCGCAAAAUUUCAUAUGGUAAACAGAACACACUGAGAGGAGAGAGUUCAUCUGUUAUAAAAGGCACAGAAAAUUGUGAAGACUGAACUAAAAUUUUUACUGUAUCUGUGUCUUCAGAAAAAGACUGUUUUUGCUGUUUCAAAACAACUAUUUAAUGUGCCCUAUUUAGAACAUUUACAGAGAGAUUUUUGUUUAUAGUUUUGUUUGUUGCCAAAAAGAUGAAUUAUUAAAUUACAAGCAAGCUAUAAAUAUGUAUUUUAUGAACAAUACUUGUGAUAAUAUUAAAUGGAAAAAAGAUUAUUGUGGUUGUUACUGAAGUUUGAUGGAAAUAAUUUUUGCCCGAAAGUUUGUUAUAAAACUAAUUUUGCAUUGAGGGGAGUGAGCUCUUAUUUGUUAUAUUGGUCAAAGUUUUAGCUUGGCAGUGGUCACUACGAAUGUCAUGGAAUGGAAAAGAGCUAUGUGCAGAUUCUUUAAAAAUGUUCCUUUGUAUUACAUGGCCUUCUAGAUCAUUUGAUUCUGACUGGUCAGUUGUGGCACGGAGCAAUUAAAUAAUGACCAGUAAACUGUAUAUUUAAUGGUUGACUGUGGCAACAUAGCUGUGCUGCUUGCAAGUUUCUUCUAUUUGUCUCUCUCUCUCUAUUCAUACUAAAAUAAGUUGGAAUAAAUCAUCUUGCAUCUCAAAACAAGUAGCAAACUAAAAAUGGUUGGAGAACUUAUGGUUUAAUUUGAAUAUUUAUGCAAUGCUAUAAUAACGUAACUACAGUUGGAUUUGGAAUAACAUAAGGGAGUAAAAUACUCUAUUAAACAGUAACACGCAACAUAAAAUAAUUUGUGUGAGAUGGAGUGAGAAAGUUGCUACUUUUUUUGGAAACCCAGCCAACUGCCGUGAUUGAAGUCUUGUUAGUGUGCUCACUGUGAUUUACUCCUUUUUGUAUGUUAGAUAUAUUUUGUGGUGGUUUUUAACCAAUAACACUUAAAGAAAAUGUUUACAUAUUACAUAUUUGUUGCAACAAAACUAUGCUUUUGAAAAUUUUUUACCAAACAAAUCUUGUACUACCUUGUACUAAAAAGUCAGCCAACAUUUUAUCAUUUUAAAAGUUUGUCCAGUGUUUCUCGGAUCCCAUCAGUCAUGAACAGGACGUGUGUCCAUCAAAAGAAUUUGUAAUUAUAUGUAUUAUGUGAAAUAGCAAAAAAUAACCCUUGUAAGGUUCAUUAUCACAUGGAUUUGAAUUCUUCUUUUUUUAAGGGUGCUAGUGGAAAAGAUGUCGGAAUAUUCUAAUUUAAAUGUAAAAGUUAAGAAAUAAAUCAUAUUGUCUUAUAUUAUCUGUUCUUGUUUUUAUGUCCAUGAUCAUAAAUAUUUAUUAGUUAGAAAUUGUAGGUUUCCCUAUAUAGUUUCUCUGUAUUCUGUCCUCUUGAAAUUGGAUUUAAUAAUACCCCCUCUGGAGGAUAUCACACACUUUCCAGACCACUUUCAAGAGAAGUUCGUAUUAUUGUGUGAAAUGUUUGAUGAGUUAUAUUUGUCCAAAAUGAAGACAGGCUCAUUAAAAAAUAUCACCUUUAGUUCUAUUAAAAAUGAGGACAUGAAAAUGAGGAGAGUGGAACCAAUUAUAUUGCCUUACGUUUCCUAAAAUUAAUAUUAAAUGGUAAAAUGCACUCCAGUUUAAUUUUUCCUGUCAGUCUCAUGCUUGCAUGUUUGUAUCUUAUAUGAACCAUACAAAAAAUAUGAAGAAGAAUAUUAAACACGACUGACUCUGUGGCAAUGGUCACACCUGAACCGGCACAUCUUCACCAAUAGAUACAUACAUAAAAAUUACAUUGUAAAACGUGAGCCUUAUUAUUAACAUAAACCUCUAAGAAAAAAUCAGUAUGUUGAGUUGAGGACUAAUCUAUCAUGAGAUUCCUGUUAUAUUUGUGCAACACAAAAGAGCAGAUCCUCACCUCUUAUUUUUGACAGAAACUACUUAAAAAAAAAAAAAAAAUGCUCAUAAGGUUGACAUUAGGUCAUAUUCUAUUAUUUAAUAUUAUUAUAGUUUCUCAGACUGUACUUUUUAUUAUUACUAAUAAAACUGGUUACAUAAGCCUGUUUGAGAUUUGUAAUGUAUGGAUAUUUUUUAUAAUGUAUGCAUAUUUUUUGUGAUAGAUUGAAAAACCUCAGUCAGUGCUUGUAACAAGAUAAUGUGGCCUCUUGUAGCCUUAGGAAUUUACCGUAAAAUGUAUCUGGUCAAAAUAAA